UAGUUUUUUUGAUUGUUGGUCGGGUUGGCACGUUGUUUUUUUGUGGCCGCCACAUUUUUCAUUUAUUGUUGUUAAAAUAUUUUAUUUAUUAAUAAGUGUUAAAUAAAGUAUAAAAAACGGGUUAAAAAUGGAUAUGCAAAAAUUAACUGAACUGCUGCGCGCAACAAUUGAACCAAAUCCAGAGCAAAGAAAAGCAGCGGAAGAUCAAUUGUCUCAGAUACAUAAAAUAAUUGGAUUUGUGCCCACAAUUCUACAAAUUGUUAUGCAAAAUGGAAUUGAUCAACCCGUUCGUCAAGCUGGUGCAGUAUAUCUUAAGAAUCUUGUCACUAGUAAUUGGACUGAUCAUGAAGUCAAACCCGGCGAACCCAUACCAUUCUCAAUACAUGAACAGGACCGUGCUAUGAUACGGGGAUCCAUAGUUGAUGCAAUUAUACAUUCACCAGAUUUAAUAAAAAUACAAUUAGCAGUCUGCAUAAAUCAUAUAAUAAAAAACGAUUUUCCAGGAAGAUGGCCACAAGUUGUUGAUAACAUUAGUAUAUGUCUGCAAAACUCAGACGUUAAUGGCUGGAAUGGUGGUCUUUUAGUUAUGUAUCAAUUAGUAAAAACAUAUGAAUAUAAACGUUCUGAGGAACGAGGUCCACUUAACGAAGCAAUGAAUCUAUUAUUACCAAUGAUUUAUCAGUUAAUGAUUAAAAUCAUGAACGAUCCGUCUGAACAAUCAGUGCUUUUACAAAAGCAAAUUUUAAAAAUAUACUACGCCCUUACACAAUACAGCCUACCGUUAGAAUUAAUAACGAAAGAAACAUUUUCACAAUGGAUGGAGAUUUGUCGGCAAGUUGCUGAACGUCCUAUACCCGAUUGUUCUCAUUUAGAAGACGAUGAGAAACCCGAAUUCCCUUGGUGGAAAACAAAAAAAUGGGCUUUACAUAUUAUGGUGCGAAUGUUCGAACGUUAUGGCAGUCCGCGAAAUGUUGUCAGUACGAAAUAUCAACAAUUUGCGGAAUGGUAUUUACCGACAUUUACCACUGGUGUACUGGAAGUUUUGUUAAAAAUUUUGGAUCAGUACCGCAAUCGCAUAUAUAUUUCUCCACGUGUACUUACCGAUAUUUUGGCUUAUUUGAAAAAUGCUGUAAGCCAUGCCUAUUCUUGGAAAUUAAUUAAACCACAUAUGGUUGCAAUUAUUCAAGACGUCGUGUUUCCAAUAAUGUCUUUCACUGAAUCAGAUCAAGAACUUUGGGAUGCCGAUCCACACGAUUAUAUACGCUUAAAAUUUGGUAUGUUAGAAACUUAUCAAUAUAUUUUUGAAGAUUAUGCUACACCAGUACCAGCUGCACAAACUCUUUUACAUUCCUGUUGUAAAAAGAGAAAAGGAAUGUUACCAAAAGCAAUGAAUAUAAUCAUGCAGGUCAUUACAUCACCCAAUGCAGAUGACAAACAAAAAGAUGGUGCUUUGCAUAUGAUUGGCACACUUGCAGAUGUCCUUUUAAAAAAAGACGUUUAUCGCGAUCAAGUAGAAACAAUGUUAACCACUUAUGUUUUUCCUGAAUUCCAAAACUCUACUGGACAUAUGCGUGCACGUGCCUGUUGGGUAUUACAUUAUUUCUGCGAUAUACAAGUUAAAAAUCCACAGGUGCUUGCAGAAAUUAUGCGUCUGACAACAAACGCAUUGCUCACUGAUAAAGAGUUACCUGUUAAAGUGGAAGCAGCUAUAGCAUUACAAAUGUUCCUUUCAACACAAGAAGAAGGUGCACAAUACGUGGAAGGGCAAAUUAAAGAAAUUACUAAAGAAUUAUUAACUAUUAUACGUGAAACUGAAAAUGAAGAUCUCACAAAUGUGUUACAAAAAAUUGUGUGUACGUUUACAUCACAACUGGUACCAGUAGCUAUGGAAAUAUGUCAACAUUUAGCGACCACAUUCAGUCAAGUACUCGAGUCUGAGGAAGGUUCAGAUGACAAAGCUAUUACUGCCAUGGGACUGUUAAACACUAUUGAAACACUUUUGAAUGUCAUGGAAAAUCAACCAGAAGUCAUGGCAAAUUUACAUCCUAUUGUCAUCAAUGUUAUUGGUCACAUAUUUCAUCACAAUAUUACAGAUUUCUAUGAAGAAACGUUUUCGUUGGUUUAUGAUUUAACAGCUAAAUCAAUUUCACCAGAAAUGUGGCAAAUGUUAGAACUCAUUUAUCAAGUAUUUAAAAAGGAUGGCAUGGACUAUUUUAUUGAUCUGAUGCCAACGUUACAUAACUAUGUGACAGUGGAUACUCCAGCUUUUCUUUCAAAUCCAAAUAGAUUAUUAGCUAUGUUCGAUAUGGCCAAAACUAUGUUAACAACAAGUCCAGGAGAAGAUCCAGAAUGUCACGCAGCCAAAUUACUGGAAGUUAUAAUUUUACAGUGCAAAGGCCAAAUUGAUUCCGUAAUUCCAAUGUUUGUCGAAUUAGCAUUGUCACGUUUAAUACGAGAAGUUCAAUCAUCCGAGUUGCGAACCAUGUGCUUACAGGUUGUUAUUGCUGCUUUAUACUAUAACCCUCAACUGCUGUUGUCUGUUUUAGACAAGAUGUCGCAGCCAAGUAAUGAACCUAUCAGUGCUCAUUUUGUAAAGCAAUGGUUACAUGAUACUGAUUGUUUCCUUGGUAUUCACGAUAGAAAAAUAUGCGUUUUAGGUUUAUGUACACUCAUUUCUUUGGGUGACUCUAAACCUCAAGUUCUCAGCGAAGUCUCAAGUCAAAUUAUUCCUGCGCUAAUACUCUUAUUUGACGGACUAAAACGUGCUUAUGAGUCGCGAGCACAAGAAGAGGAAGAAGAAGAAGACGAAGAAGAUAAUGAUGACUGUGAAGAAGCCUUAUCAAGUGAUGAAGACGAACUUGAUGAGUUUACGCCGGACUAUUUAGAGCAGUUGGGUGAUUUUACAAAAACGAAAGCAGCAGAAGCUGGUUUUGAUAUGAAAUCCGAAAUUAAAGAUGAGUCUGAUGAUGAAGAAGAAGAAUCAGUUGAUGAUUUAAAUGAAACUGCUUUAGAAGGUUUUACUACACCUUUGGAUGAUGAAGAUGAAGAGAAAAUUGUUGAUGAAUAUUUUAUAUUUAAAGAAGUCAUUACAGCUCUUUCUACACAAGAUCAGUCCUGGUAUGCGACACUAACAGCUGGCUUAACGUCUGAACAAACAAAAGCUCUACAAGAAAUUAUUUUAACAGCCGAACAAAGGAAAGCGGCAAGAGAAUCAAAAUUAAUAGAAAAACGUGGUGGCUUUGCAUUUACACAACAAACCGUACCAACUUCAUUUAAAUUUGGCUCUUAAUAUCAUAGAAAAACCCAGAAAGGAAACAAAGAAUGGAUCAAUUUUAUAAGUAAAUUGGAUUUUAUGAAAAAAUUAUCACGAAUUGCAUGACCCGCUAUAUUUCGCAUUAAUGUCUGCUGUUUUAAUAAUUCAAUUCAAUUCAAUAUUUUGAAACAUUUCAAUUUGGGGGUAAAUAUGUAACUUCAAUUUGGGUAGAUAACAUGUAGGCGCUUUACUAAUAUAUUUUUUUUUCUUGUAUAUGUAUUUAAAAACUGUUAUAAUUAGCAGAAAUCACUUUAGCGAUGCGGUGCGCAGAAAGCGUGCUGAGAACUUAUUAAAUAUAAAAGAAUUAUAUUUUGUAAUAUUAAAAAAUUUAUUUUAUUAUUGUAUAAUUUAUGUGUAAAAGAAAACAUAAUAUCAGCAAAUAUUAUUUAAAUACAUAGUCACAUAUUUCGUUAUUUGUA